AUGAAUGGUAAUAACGUUAUUAAACAUUCGUCCGAUCAAUUUGACGAUGGUUAUUCAGCAUCCAUCAAUGCAAAUAGUCGAAUCACAUUGGCUAAUAUCUCUGUCAGGAAUGAACAUGUUCGGUUAACUUCACCACCACAACAACAAAUAGUUAAUAGCUGGACAUUAGGAUCAACAACAGUUAAUAAAAAAAUGGAAGAUGGAAGACAAACAGACAUUGAGUAUGAACCGACGUCACUGCAAUUAGUUGCUAAAGAAUUGGUUACAGAUGAAAAAAUUCGAAAAAUUGCACGGAAUAUAUUAACACAUAAAUCAGUUUUGAUGUCAAAAACAGAUAUUAUAAAUAUAUCGACACAUUCGCCGAUGAACCGUGACCAAGCCAAACAACGACUAUUGAACGAUAAUUUGAUUAAGCGUAAUAUGUUUUUCUCGUCUCGUAAUAAGACCAACAAUACUUUAGUCCAACAUGAAGGAUUCAUGAAGUCGUUUCCUGCGGAUUCAUCGCUGACGGAACAGUUGGCAUUCAUGAAAAAAUUGAGUCAAUUUAAUUUAACAUGGCAACAGUAUUUGAAUUCAUUUACUAAUGGUCAACAGAUUACAAUUGAUCCAAUCACCAACAAACCGAUAAUAACGAUUUUCAAUGUUCAUACAACCAAUGCAUGGUUUAUAUCAGAAAAAGCUGAAUCUAUAUUCAGAUCCGAACCGUAUUAUGGAGAUUAUGUUAAUUAUAAUGAACAUCAAGUACUGAGACCAAUUCAACAAGUCGCAACAAGUUUAUGA